CAAAUAUGGCAACAACAUCAGCACCUAUACAAUUUGUGGCUGGAAGUGCUUUAAAAAUUGUUAUAAUUUUGUUGACAAUUGUGGUGUUGGUGCUGCUUGAUCCUUCUUAUGUUACUGCUUAUAUUUCUAUAAAUUAUGAAAUUGUUCUAAUUUAUAUUAUUUCUGCUUUAACUCUUCUUUAUUGUGUUGUUUCGAUCAUAAUGUAUGCCAUAAUGCAACGAAGUGUGCGGGAAGGCGAAGAACUCCAUUUAACUAAUUGUUCUUUGUCGGAAAUUGUGUUUGCUGGUGCUGGGAUGAUUUGCUGGAUGUUGGUUUGCGGCAUUGGAGGAACUGUCGCCCAACGGACAAUAAUUGAUACCGGAGAAUACUUUGGUUGGCUUGGGGCAUGUGCCGGUAUAAUUGUUUGCCUUUUUGCUGGAGUAUUAGCCCUCUUUGCUUUGGAUAUUUUGACAAACAAAAUUUUGAGUCCCCAACGAAGAAAGUAUCGUUAUACUCCUCCACAAAUUUGAGCAAAAAAUAUUUCUU